UCCAAAAUCCCUCAUAACUACUCCUAAUCAUCCCUAUAACCGCCGCAAUAUUAAUUAAACCCUAGUUUAAAAAACCACCAUCGCCCGUCUCCAUCUUGUCAUGUGUCUCCCUCUCGUCGUCGGCUCCCACUCGUCAUCAUCUCUAGCUCAUCGUCGCCUCCUGCUCGUCAUCAUCUCUAGCUCGUCGUCAGCCAAUCCAGUUCGACGUCGAGACUCGUCGUCGUCUCGAGCUCGUUGUCGGCUCCAGUUCGAAGUCCAGUUCAUCAUCAUCUUCAGUUCGUGGUCGAGAUCUCUUCGCCGUCGAGACCUCUUCAUCGUCGAGCACCGCCACAAUUAAAAACGGGCUUACCACAAGGAAGAGAUGGUCGGUGAAAGAGCAAGGACGCCCUGAAUCCAAAUCCAGAGGUAAAAGAAAGAUGAUCGCAUGGCGGGAUUUUCAGCGGAUGACAUCUCUUAUUCUCCUCUUCUAUCUUCAAAACUGCUCGUGUCUCCAUCAUUUUCAGGUAAAGACUGAUACAGCAUCAAUUCUUCAUAGGCAAUUGAAUACAUUAAGUUACUACAUGAGCAAGUCAGUGCAGGUUAGGGUGGGGAGCUAACUCAUUAUGAGACCACAAUUAUUUCUGGAGCCCUGGAAUUGACCCAAAAAACUGCUAAAGAUGUUAUGACGACAAUCUCCGAAAUUUUUUCCCUUGAUAUAAACUCUAAGCUUGACAUGCACACUAUGGGUCUAAUAAUGAGCAAAGGGCAUAGUCGUGUUCCUAUAUAUUCCGGAACUCCACAUAAUAUUAUUGGCCUUAUUUUGGUGAGCUUCAAACUACCUGUUAAGAAUCUGAUUACUUGCCACCAUGAAGACGAGGUUUCCAUUAGGAAUGUUACUAUAAGAAAAAUUCCUAGGAUUUGUAGGAAUUUUGUCAGCAAAAGCAAAUAUUAUGUGAUCCUUCCAUGCACAUGCAUGUGGGCGGGAGGAAGCAUGUGAUUUUGCCUUUUCCAAGCUAAGUCGUAAAGAUAAAUCAGCUUGCAAAUUAAUGGAUGGUUUCCUAACUGUUGAAUCAUGUUCCCCUAUUUAUGAAUAUGGUAUACAGGUAUAGCUAGCUCAUGUCCUCGGAAAAGAUAAAGAAAACUAAAUAAAUGUCAUAUGCACAUUUCACAUACAUCAUCUAUCGAUGUCUACUUUUCCAAUUGGCUGGUCUCCUAUGUCUUAUGCACCACAUUUUUUUAGUCGGAUGUUAUUGUAACAUUGUGAGUAAAUGCUAAUACAAAUUCAUAUCCUAGACAAAUGCAGUUUUAUCGUGAGAAACAAAAUUUAUAGAAUCUCAUAGCCUUUUUUUUAACUCGAAGCCAAUAAAUUUAAUUUAUCAUUCUGAUUUAAGAAGCUUGGACGUGGACACGGCAUGGCAGGACAUAUGGUAAGCCAUAAAAAGAACAUAUUAAAUUCUAAAAUAGUACAAAUGUAGUAGGAAUUGCAUGGAAAGAAGUCUGAAUCUGUACCUGUAUUAACAUGAGACAAUCUGUAUUUGUGUUUCAUCAAUUGUCAUUCUUCAAAAACCUUCAUCAAUAGCAAUUAUGCAGCAAGAAUUAUUGUGUACGCAUCAUGUGUUCAAAAAAGUUGGGAUGGAAGUGUGCAUUCUUGCAUCGAUUACAAUAUGGUGUAGUGCCAAAUUUCUUGUCCCAUAAAUUUCCAUUCGUCACACGAUCUUUAUCAAUAAAAUCGAUACUUACAAAAGUUGGGAUCAAGAUAAAUAUGUAAGUAGGAUAUAUAUAUAUAUAUAUAUAUAUUU